AUGUCCUAUGCGAACAGUCGUGUGGCUGUCGUCUGUGACCUGUGUGUGAUGGAGGGCAAGGAAAAGGGACCUACCGUCAUGGCGAUGCUCGGUGGGACGGACCGGCCCGAGAACAGUGACACCAGCGCAACGGCUUGCGCAGCGCCGCUGCUGGGCCCGUCCUUGGGCACGGCGCCCGACGGGCAGUGCACGUGGAUGCUGCGCUGCCUCAUAAUGUCUUCCACGGGGUCCUGCGUCAGGCCCAGCUCGAACGCGUGCGCCUUGACCCACGACAGCGCCACUUCCACGCUCUCCUUGAGCACGUCGCCCAGUUUGCCCGUCAGCUGCACGCGGCCGCUGCCCGGCAUGUCCGCCACCUCGAUGAACAGGAUGCUGCCGUUGCCGCCCGAGCUGUCAUCCACCGUCAGCUGCGGCCGGUACGCCUCCAGGUUGUUGCUGUCCUUGGCCUCCGCGUACUCGACCGCCUUGGCCCGGCACACCGACCCCAGCUCGCGCUCCAAGUUGCGCACGCCCGCCUCGCGCGUGUACGACUCAAUCACCUUGGCCACCACCGUCUCGUCCAGCCCCACCUGCGCGUCCCGUCGUGUAGCCGGGCAGGUGGAUCAUCUCCAUGCGGUCCAGCAGCGGCGCCGGAAUGGUGUCCAGGCUGUUGGCCGUCGCAAUGAACAGCACGCGGCUGAGGUCGUACGGCACCGACAGGUAGUGGUCCUGGAACGUGUAAUUUUGUUCCGGGUCCAGCACCUCGAGCAUCGCCGCGGACGGGUCGCCGUGGUUGCUGGCCGCCCCGAUCUUGUCAAUCUCGUCCAACAGGAUCACCGGGUUGGCCACGCCCACCUUGCGCAGGCCCUGCAUAAUCAGGCCCGGCAUCGCCGCCACGUAUGUGCGCCGGUGGCCACGGAUUUCCGCUUCGUCGCGGACGCCGCCCAGCGAGAUCCGGUGGAACUUGCGGCCCAGCGACGCCGCCACCGACCGCGCCAAGCUCGUCUUGCCCACGCCCGGCGGGCCCACAAGCAGCAAGAUGGGCGACCGGUCCGUCAUGCGACGUGCGCCGAGCGCCUUCAGCUUCUCGUCGGCCGCUUGCACUUGGGCCCGGGCGGCGGCCGCCUUGGCCUCCUGUUCCUUUUGCACGUCAGGGCUGGCAUCGGCCGGGGCCUCGGGGCCGGCGUCGUUGGUCGGCGCCGCGGCCGUCGCCUUGGCCAGCUCCAGCGCGCGCUGGGCAUCGCGCGUCUGCGCCUCGACGUCCUCGUUGAUCGACUGCUUGAGGCGCAGCACCGCCAUGUACUCGAGCAGCCGCUUCUUGACCUGCUCGAGGCCGUAGUGGUCACCGUCGAGCUGCGCGCGCGCCUUGGCCAGCGUGCCCGGGCCCAGCCGGUCGUCCGUCACCUUCGUCCACGGGAUCUCGGCCAGCGUCUCCAGGUAGCUGCGAAUGACGCUGUACUCUGCCUGCGCCGGCACCAUCUUGCGCAGCCGCUUGAGCUCACGGUCGGCAAUCUUGGCAGCGUCCGGCGGCAGCUCCGCCGCCUCAAGCUUCUUGGCCAGCUCCUCGACCUCGUCUGGCUCUUGCUGGUCGGCGCUCUGCGGGCCGCCGGGACCGCCACGGAAUCCGUUUCCGCCGCCGAAGCCGCCGCCGCCGCCGCCACCUCCCAUACCAGGGCCAAAUACGCCGCUACCAUUGCCCAGUCCGUUGGUAGGGAUCAAAAUGUUGAAAGGCAUGCCCUGGCCGUUCUUAGGUUGCGGCAGGCUCUGCUUCAGAGGAUCCCAGAUGCGGGCGCCGCCGCCACCGUUGUUGUUGUUGUUGUUGUCACCGUUUCCAUCCGAAUCGAUCGUCACUGUCGUGAUCUUGACGUUGUUGCGGAUGCUGCCUACCUGCCGCUCCAGCAGCUCCACCACACGCGCCACGCGCGUCUUGACGUCGACGUGCGCCAACACCUGCAGUUUCUCGUCGUACGACGCCACCACGAUGUUGGUCAUGAAGUCGGCCAGCACGCCGGCCUCGGCAAUCGACUUGUUCAGGAUGUACGCGUCCAGGCGCCGCGCCAGCAGCGGCGUGAACCGCGCAUGCGGCCGGUCCGGCGCAAUGAUGGCGGCCACACGCAGCACCUGUGCCAGCUCGCGCGACGCCGCCUUGAGCCGCUGGAACCCUUCGUACAGCGCGGCAUCGCCAAUGUCGAUUUCGUCGGGGCACAGCGUCACUUUGCCCUCGAAGCACGGCUGCUCCUGCGUGAACCGGUCGAUGACGACGCGCGAGCGGCCUUCGACGUGCAGCGUAAACUCUCCGGCCGCACGGCCUUCAAUCUUGCUGAUCUUGGCCACUACACCGUAGCCGAAAAGGUCGGCCUUGGUCGUCUUGCCGGCCACAAAGCCGGGCAUUUUCGUAGCACCAACACUGUUGUUGUCUUUGCUGUUCAGCAACCGCUGGCCGCGCGGGCCAACCAGCGGCGAGGCGACGGGAACGCACACCACAGGCACCUCGUUGACAGCCCGAGCGGCGCCGUCGUUUUCGGCCGGGUCCGCUGCCGCAGCACGGGCGUACAUGUUCGCCAGCAGAGCCGGAAUGUCCGGACGAUCGGCUGUGGCCGGAAUUCUCUGCAGGAUGCCGGGGAACAGGAUCAUGCCCUUGGGCAAGGGCAGGAUGGGGAGGGCAGGACUCUGGCUUCGCGCCAUCUUGGGGAGAUGGGAGUCGGAUAG